UCCCAAUUUCAUUUUCCCAUGGAUUCUCGGCAUUUUCUCGGAUUCUCUCCUCUCAUUUUCCUUCAUUUGCAUUUGACUUCGGCUGAGAUUAAUGGAUCGGUUAUUAAAAUGAAGACAGGAUCUUCGUCGGUUCCGUUUGAUCCCACUCAUGUUACUCAACUCUCAUGGCAUCCUAGGGCUUUCAUUUACCAAGGAUUUUUGACGAGUGAAGAAUGUGAUCACCUUAUUACUCUGGCUAAGGAUAAUUUAAAGAAAUCAAUGGUGGCAGAUAAUGAAUCAGGUAAAAGCGACGAAAGUGAAGUUCGAACCAGCUCCGGCAUGUUUCUGAGGAAAGCUCAGGAUGAAGUAGUUGCUGAUAUUGAAGCAUGGAUUGCGGCAUGGACCUUCCUUCCAAAAGAGAAUGGAGAGUCCAUACAAAUACUACACUAUGAGCAUGGUCAGAAGUAUGAGCCACAUUUCGACUAUUUUCAUGACAAGGCUAACCAACAGCUGGGUGGUCAUCGUAUUGCCACUGUAUUGAUGUAUUUGUCUGAUGUUGAGAGUGGUGGGGAAACUGUGUUUCCAAAUGCAGAUGGAAAACGUACUCAGAUCAAGGAUGAAAGCUGGUCAGAUUGUGCGAAAAACGGAUUUGCAGUGAAACCACGAAAAGGGGAUGCAUUACUGUUCUUCAGUCUGCAUCCCGAUGCAACCACAGACAAAAAGAGUUUGCAUGGAAGUUGCCCAGUGAUAAAGGGUGAGAAAUGGUCAGCAACAAAGUGGAUCCAUGUGAGGGCCUUUAGUAAAUCGAGAAGGCGAUCUUCAAUGGGGGAUUGUGUUGAUGAGAAUGAGAGCUGUCCUGCCUGGGCGAAGGCCGGUGAAUGCAAAAGGAACCCUAAUUACAUGGUGGGUACGGAUGCCUCUCCUGGGUAUUGUAGAAAGAGCUGUAACGUAUGCUCCUAGAAAGCGGCCUUUCGGGGGCAAUUUCCG